GUUAAAGGCGAGCCCAGUUGCGGCGGGUGACGGCCACAGCGUGUUCAUUUCAUUCUCCGGGCUUCCACUGUGGCGAGGUUACGCGCGAACAGGGGAUUUUUGUCGUGAAAAAGCAGCUCCAAAGACGUCGAAAUGGCUGAUCAGCUUACAGAAGAGCAAAUUGCAGAAUUCAAGGAGGCGUUUUCACUUUUUGACAAGGACGGAGAUGGCACAAUCACCACCAAAGAGCUGGGCACAGUCAUGCGCUCUCUCGGGCAGAACCCCACAGAGGCAGAGUUGCAGGACAUGAUCAACGAGGUGGAUGCUGAUGGAAACGGUACGAUAGAUUUCCCAGAAUUCCUCACCAUGAUGGCCAGAAAAAUGAAGGAUACAGAUAGCGAAGAGGAGAUCAGAGAAGCCUUUCGUGUCUUUGACAAGGAUGGUAACGGGUACAUCAGUGCUGCUGAGCUACGCCACGUGAUGACAAACCUUGGUGAGAAGUUAACUGAUGAGGAAGUAGAUGAGAUGAUCAGAGAAGCAGACAUUGAUGGAGAUGGACAAGUCAACUAUGAAGAGUUCGUACAAAUGAUGACGGCGAAGUGAGGGCCUUGUACAGAUUUCGUAUAAAUUUGCCUUUUCUUUGUGUAAUUUCUGUAAAAUCUUAUUAACCCCUCGCGUCCCCGCCCCUACUGCUGUCCAAAGGAACUGCAUGUAAACUGCAUAGGCUCUUGUCCCCAUGUCCCUUUCUUUUGCUGUCAUGAUGUUUGAGUGACGAACGGUCAUCCAACCAGAUGCCUGCGGAGGCCCUCGGGAGCCGGAGAACCGACUCCGCUAUUGUGCUCGGGGCCUUUUCUGGCGAGGCGACAUUGGAAACCUGUCAGCUAGUUGUCACUUGGCAACGCUGUUGGCAUGGAAACAAUGUAGAGCAGUUGAAACUCUGCAUGGACUAUGGACAAAGUAUAUAAUGGGAAAUCUCUCAGCAUUGCACUACUGCAAAAAAAAUGACACGGGUGUAUCUCCUAGGUACUCGUACAAACUUUUUGUAUCUGCUCUUCUAUAUACCAGAAAAUGACUAAUCUUACCAUGCUUUUUAAUGUUUUACUCAUUCUUUUUUUUUUUUUUUUUUUUUUUUUUUAAUGGCCUCUUGCCAUGCCUCAAAUAAUCCAUUCCAAGUUGUAUAUUUUUGUUUUCCAAUAAAAUUUACAAUCUACCCAGAUUUGAAAGUUGGUCUUGUUUUCUCAGUUUGUAAUUACAUUUUUGAUUACUUUUUUUUUUUUUUUUUUAAAUGAAAUUGAGGAAUCUUUUCCUCCCUUACACUUGGCACUAUUUUGAAACAAGUGUUGCCUGUCAUGUCCCGGAAGCAUUGAGGAGCAUCAGCCAAUGCCUCUUAAUGUAAAAUUUAAGAUUAAAUCAGGAGUGGGAUGAAAGCUGUUUACUGGAAGUGUGCACAGCAGUGCUGGAUAGUUUUGGUGUAUGCUGUGCAGGUGCUCUCACCACAGGCUGUGUUGUCUGGCCCUGUUGGUAGAGUACCUUGUACAAGCUAGUUGCAAAGUCUUACCCCCCCACCCCAUCCCCUUCCCAGUUGCAAGGUGCAGGGAAUAGGGGCAUAUGUGAGAGGUCAUGGUGUAAAUAAGGUAUUUUUUUUUUUUUUUUUUGAAGGUUUCUAGUGGUUUGUUACAGUAGCUUGCCGAGAUGCUAAGUUUGUUACUUUGACAAAAUAAAGUUCUAUUGUGGA